AUGGCGUCAACAAAGCAACCUGCGACCUCAUUGUUGUGUCCGUGGUUUGGUGACCUGCUGCCAGCCGCCCCAACAUAUGGUAUCGAAAAACAUCAUCUACAGCAACGAGACAGCCAUGCUGCAACAUCAUAUGACAAGACAGUCGCCACCAAGGGAAGCCGUCGUGUGACAGAGACGCCAGAGAUGACCAACUCCUACACCACGAGGAAUGGCCGCACCGCCAAAAGAGGGGUCUUCCUCGACGGUGUCUGGCAUUGCGACUUCUACACCUGCCAAAAGCCGCAGCACAAACGAUGCAAGUUCUUCCUGUGGAACGAUGAUGCCAAAGUCCGCGAAGAAGCUGCAGUUCUCGGCAAUUCUCGAACAGAGCCAGAUGCGCCAGCUCCAGUCACUCCUCGAAAGAAAGAACCUUUCGCUCUACCCCCCACGCCGCAAACAAGAAACGACGUCCCGGACAGACGAAACACGAAAGAGCCUGCGAACAUUAAACAUGAAGACAGCUUCGAUUGGUCGUCCAGCAAUGACGAAGAACUCCUCAAGGCUGAGCAAGACAUGUUGGAGUUGCCGCCAUUCAAGACCCCGAAGAAAGCUCCUCGGACAGAUAGUCUGACAUCGCCAGGCAAAAGGAGAUUUUCUCAGACGACAGCACAGACUGCCACCGCUGACGAGACAUGGCCUCUCAGCGACGAUGUCUUCACCACUCCCAGCGCAACCCACAAAUCCAUGAGUAGCGGUUUGCUCUCACCAUCCACUACUCCAGCUAAUAGAGCUACGCAGCAUUUUCUGCCUGAACCAGAGCCAUCCACACUUGCUUCUGAAGUCCUCGACAUCUUGAGAGGCUCACGGAUCGAUCCAGCUGUCGAGAGAGAACUGGUGGAUCUUCUCAACAGGCACGACCUGCGUACUCAGGGGAUCAUCAAAGGCCGGGACAUCACUCGUUUGGCUGUUCAGGCGAAGGAUAAGAAGAUUGCAGAGCUGCAAGCUCGAAUCGCGACACUUGAAGCAGAAAAGGAGACAAACAAGAGAGUCAUAUCACACCUAAAACAUGACAUGGCUGCCUCUCCAAGGAAGGGUCAAGGCAGGAAUGCACCCCGCAGACAACAGCCAGAAGCUUGA